AUGUGACCUUUCAUAAUUCUCUCCUGGUUUUGUUGAGAAAAGUGGACAAAUUUGGAUCCAGACGUUAAGAUCUUUCCUCUCAAUUCUGGGAAUGGGCUUUUGAUUUGUCUCACAUUUCCUGUGAAUAUCUCUUUCAUAUGCAUCUGUCCCAUUUGUUUUGAGCAUGUCCUAAAUCUCAGAAGGGGCCUGAACUUGCGUAAAGGUCUGGUUCCUGAAUCACAGUUCAGGUCCAGACUUUCCCUAAAGUUGCUUUGGGUGGCCCAUCUCCAGGAUGUGUCCAGGAAUACAGGUACAAAGAGGAAAAGCUUGUAAGAGGUCAUAAGUCAGUGAUGAUUCCCCAUUUAGUCAUGAGAAGUCCUCCAUGAAUGGGGCCAGCAUUUAGAUUCAGCCUUGGAUAUCUCCAGCAGCUCCAAAAAAAAGAUGGCCAAACUGUGCUCCAUUGCCAGAGUAGAUGUGGCUGUUUGUUAUGGGGAUGUUGCAGGGAAAAAGCAAACUAAAUUGGUUGUGAAAGUCCUUCUCAGCCAUAGUGGUCAUAUGCCAUGGGGUUCCUAAUGGGCAGAGUAAUUAUUUAUCAGCAGGUGAUGUUGAUACUGGAAAACAGAGCUGGGUAUUUCCUAAUGAAUGCCAGGCUGAAUCAUAAGUGUAGGCUAAGGAGAAAAGGAGGGAAGUGGGCUGCAUUUCUUCAAGCAGUGAGAAAUUAUGGCCCAGAAAGUUUGUAGAAAGAAAACUAAGGAAAAUAAUCCUGGACCCAUUGAAUUGCAAGCUAGAUCAGUUAUCAAAAAGACCAUCGAGACUGUCAGACCAGGACAGCAUAUUACCCUAGCUGAAAGUUGGAGAAAACAAAGCAUUGCUCACAAGGAAAUUUCACUGUGGGAUUUUCCAAAGUCAAAGUGCUAGCAGUCACGCAGGUCACUGCCACCUCCCAGCAAGUGCAUCCAUGUGUGGCACCAUUGCUGUAAGCUGCAGUGCGAAAUAUUGCCAUCAGAUGGCAAAAUAGCAAUGAAGAUGGCAAGCAGCAGCCUGCCAGAGGGAGCAACAGGUACAGGUGAAUUUGGUGUAACCAAGACUGAAGAUUUUUUUGUCCUUGGGGCUGGUGGAUGCUGGAGGUGCAGAGCUGUGCCCUGCAGCUUCACCCCAGGAGGUGUUCUGUCCCUGGACAAGGCUGACAGGGAGCAAGGCGGGUGCGAAGCAUUUGGAUCACAAAACGGGUCCUGUUUCAUUUUUUAGGGUAGGUGAGCAGGCUGUCUGAAGAACCCUAGGGUGGGUUUCAAGGACACUGCAGCCUGCUCAUGGUUGGCAUUUGGAGACAUCCUGUUAGCAUUGUGUCCCAGUGUGUCUGCACUCAUACAUCAGCCCAUGACAUCCGCUUCCCUGGGGUGUGAGUGGGGAGAUCUGGUUGCUGUAUUAAGCCUCAAUUUCCCUGAAAAAGUUGUGGCUUCUCCUUACAGAAACAACCUGGAAAAGCCCUUUUAGGCCAUAAAACAAAAGAAAAAUAAAAACAAUAAACAACUAAAAUCCACCAAACAGCUGGCUCAGAUAGCUGGUAUCAAAGGCCAGUGCUUAUGCCAGGUGACAUGAAUGUUUUAUGCUAUUUUGCUGCUGGCUAUCAGAAGGAAAUUAUUUUCCUCUCCGGUGAAACUCACGCACCUGGAAGUGCCGGCCGCACUCCUGAGUGGCUGCUAAAAAUAGGGUUGAGUCAGCUGGUCAUCAACCUGGUUAUAAAAUAGGCAGCUCCCGAGGGAGCCUGAACACCCUUAGUGCUUACUGCUGUGGAGCUUGUCUUGAUGAAUGUCUAGAAGGACAGAAAUACUGAUGGAAAGCAAGGUGCAGGCUCUGGCUGCAGAGCAGCAGCCAUGGGACGCAGGGCGACAGCUGUCAAGGACCAUCCUCUCACUGGACAGGCAAGGGGCCAAAAAGGUGCUGGAGAUCUAUGUCAGGCGCUCAUUGAGUUGCUGCGAGAACUCACAGGCAGCAAAGGAAAGGCUUCAAGAGGGAGCCAGAGGGCGAGGGAGGAAGGCUUUUGGGCUGCAAAGGUCAGAGAGCGACUUCUGCAAGUAUUCAUGUGCCAAGCUCAGCCUGAAGAAGGACCAGGAAGAGGCACCCAAGGUGCUGGAGCUGGAACAGGCUCUGUUCGAGGAAAGCAAAGCAUCAGCUCCUGGGGAGGCUUCAAAGGAGGAACUGGAGACCAAGAAGAAAAGCACGAAAAUCUUCUCCCAGGGCAAAACCCAGCGCACCUGGUUCAAAAGCUUCUUAAAUUUCCUCUUUAAGAAGAGCCCUGAGGACCAGAAGGAAAAUGCAAGACAGAAAGCAAAGGAAAAAGAUGCCAAAACUCCUUACAGCAGUAAAACAGAAGGAGCCAGGAAACCCAGAACCGACUCAAGCAUGUCCCCACCACUGGGCAAAGCUCCCAGAAGGAGACCCAGCCUCAAGAGGGUUUUCUCCUUUAAGAAGCAUGCAGAGGAGGAGCGGGGUGAGACAGGGGCGAGGGCCAAGCGCCCCAGCUGCCUACCCCUGCGGCAUGUCCAGGGACCAGCCCCCCCAGAGGCAGAGCAGCCGGAUGGUUACUACACGCGAGUCUCAGAGGAGAUUGGGCUGAUUGUGCAAGGCAGCGAGAGCCGAAGCAACAGGGAGCACGGGGGCGAGCAGCUGCUGAGGUUGGGUGGUGCCGAUGGGGUUGAUGAAGCCAUCAGGAAAAUCGUGGCCCUGCUCCAGAGUGCCGGAGAUGAGCUGGACAGGAAGGUGAAGGAAGAUGCAUGGCUGCAGAUGUUCUUCAGAGACAUGUCCUACAGCUCCUUCAAAAACCUGGCUGAUGCCUAUGUCCGCAAGGAGAUGACAGCCAGCAGGCCCAACGUCAACCCCCAAGAAAUCCAGUUUGCCUUUGCAGUACACCUCACCGCCAAGGUGGCCGGCAUCUGUAACCAGGCAGUGAACAGGAUCAUGGGCUUUGGCACCCGCUAUCUGGAAGACUCAUUUGCACCGCUGUCCUACAGCAAGAUCCUCCAGCAGGACAGAACAGAGUUCAGCACAGACAAUUGCGAGAGCCCGGACUGACAUCAGCUGUGCCUGUGAACCCAAGGGUUCGUGUUCAUGAUGGGGGACAGUCCCUGUGGGUGGCCUGGAUGUGGUGUGAUUUCAUGAGCUGUGAAUUUUAAAUCUGCGAAGGAAAACCACAACAAUAGCCACCGUAGCAUGAAGUGAUUAAACCAGCCGAUCUGAGGGGAACCUAGUCUGUUGAGCCCAAAUGUCUGAGAUUGCUCUAUAUUUCCUUUUUGGCCCUCAUAAAUGCAUGUGUUGAACCCCAUGGUUUGUUCAUGUGUGUGUAUGUGUAUUUAUUUACCUACUGUUCUAUACAUGUCUGUGAAUGUACAAUAUAAUUUCUAUAGCUUCUGCCAUGGGUCCUAUUCAGAAAACAAAAACAUAAAAUGCAAAUGAAUUGAUCCCUUUGUGACAGCCAGGCUUGUCUAAAGGCUGUGGGAAAUGUGCUAUACAUGGAAUAAAGUUUGCUUUGCUAUA